AUGUUGACGGAGUUGGAUGAGUGGAGGAAUGAAGCGUAUGAGAGUUCCCGUAUCUACAAGGAAAGGGCAAAGAAGUUUCAUGAUUUGAGCAUUCGCACAAAGGAAUUCAAGCCGGGACAUGAGGUACUCUUGUAUGAUUCUAAGCUUCGUCUAUUUUCUGGCAAGCUGCAGUCUAGAUGGAGAGGUCCAUAUGUGGUUCACAAGAGCAAUUGGAAUGUGACUUAUGAGUUGCUUGCAUCGAAUGGGUCCACUUUCACUGUUAAUGGCCAUCGCCUCAAACCGUACUUCAAAGCAGAGUUGGACCACGAUGUGGAAGUGGUCAAUUUCAUUGAUCCAUGA